UUACCAGGCUUUGGACAAAGCGCAGAUUUCUUUCGAAUGAAGACCAAGCGGCUGACGCAAUAUCUCGAGUCGCAAAUUCAGUCUGACCUGCUCGAUCAAUAUCCAGAAGGAAUACAAUGGCUCUUCCCCGAUGCACCAGUCAGGCUCACUGCCGAGACAACAUUUGGCGUGCCUUCGGAAGACAUCGACAUGAGAGCAUGGUGGACAAGGCUCGAAUUUCACGUCCAACUCGAACAGCUUUACAACAGUCUCGAAUACCUUUGCAAGUACCUGAAGGAAUCUGGCCCUGUUGAUGGCGUUCUUGGCUUCUCCCAGGGUGCCUCGAUUGCUGCCAUGCUCACAGCACUCUGCGAGGGCAGCGUUAGGCCAGAACGUGCUCCGUUCAAGUUCGCCGUGCUUUGCUCUGGCUUCAAGAACGCACCACAGUUCUACGCUGGGUUCUUCUCUCCAAAGAUCUCUACGCCGACGAUGCACGUCAUCGCCGAAUGGGAUCACAUGGUGAGCGCUGAGCAGUCAGCCGCCUUGAUCGAUGACUGCGAGGAUAGCGUUGUGAUCCGACACUAUGGCACACAUGCGACCCCAACAGAUAAAAACAGCAUGUACGAGAUGAGUAGAUUCAUGGGCAAUGCC